ACCAUAAGGCUACGAUCUCUCGUCUUCUAUCGUCGAACAGAAAGAAGAACAUUCUUAUAAAAUAGAUAAAUAAUAGUUAGUCUUUGAAAGUGUUGGAAACUAUUUACGAGAUAUCAUUUCGAUUCGUCGUUCAUAGUCGGAUCCUUGCAAUAUUUUUCUUCUUUUUCUUCGGUUUCUAUUUUAUCUAUUAUUCUUUUUCUGUUCUUUCCUCCGUUUCUUUCCUUAUAUGUAAAUUAUUUGUAAAAUAUUAUUUGACGUUACGAACAACGUUAUCGUUUUAUAUUUAUCUCUCGUACAAACUGGUUUCGUGUAUAAAUAGAAAAAAUUCUUUCUUCUAAUCGGUUCGUCGUUAUCGUUCGGAGGAAGUAGCAUGAAUGAAAGAGAAACGGCGGGAAAGUUCGACUCACAAACAGUGGGUCGCGUCAUUGAUAGAAGUAAUACGGUUAGAAAGGAUUAGAUCGUUGAAGGGUCGAAUUCAGAAGAAACAUUCGAAGAAGGAAGAAGGAUGGCUCUCGUCGUUGUCGUGAAAAAUUUUCAGGGUCUCAAGUGUAAGGGGGAGAAGUUCGUGAAGAUUGAUUUUCGAGGUGUAUCUAAUUGCUCGAAAAAUCUCGAGGACAAUGGAGAUCUCAUUUCGGUCGAUCAGAGCUUUACAUGGAAUUUGGGACGACCCGUUGAGGAAACGGAAACGCUCGAAUUAUCCGUAGUAUCUCGAGGAGUUCUCAGAACGGAGAGGACCCUAGCAAAAUACGGUCUAAUCCUGCAAACGGUGGUACGAGAAGGUCACAUCGUUAUUACAGAUUCUUUGGUCGAUCUCAAUAACAAGCCAUUACCGGCCAUGGUCUGUUUUGAAAUACGAUAUAAUAUACCUGAUGGAAGUAGCAGCUCUUAUGCGAUAUCAGACGUGAUGGAGGACGAGCAACAGAUGUUGAUCGAUAUCGAACAGAACAUUGCCAAUCUCGAAAGAAGUCUUGAACAAGCGAAUAGUAGUGGGAGUGGUGGUGGAAGUAGCAAAAGAAGAGGUUCUUGGCAUACGGAAGAGAAAAUCAGUAAAAAGGGUUUCUUACAAAGGGGAAGCUCUAUGUCAACAGGAGAAAAAUCACCGGAUCGUAAGAGAAACUCGACGUUGAAAAGCAUGAGAUCUUUUAUGAAGUUGGGGAAACAGAGACCACCGAGAGCUAGAUCUUGCGACAGCAAUUCGGAGACUAAGGAACUUAUCGAUGGAAGAGAUUCAAGCUGUCCGACAUCAAACGAACCUUCUAGGACAAAUUCUAUGACCUCUCUUGAAACCAACGCAUCCGAUAACGAGAGUCAACCGAGUAUAAAUAUCGAACAAGAUGAUUCUAUGGUUAUAAAGACAGUGAAGAAACCUAAACCAAAGACCCAUGACGCUGCUCAAGGAGCUUUGAAAGCUCAAGAUUAUCAAGUAUGCGUGACGAUCAUAGAAGCGAGACAAUUAGCAGGACUCAACAUGGAUCCAGUUGUCUGCGUUCAAGUUGGCGAUCAACGAAAAUAUACAAGUGUCAAGGAAUCUACUAAUUGUCCUUAUUACAACGAGUAUUUCGUCUUCGAUUUUCACAUGCCACCGGUGAUGCUUUUCGACAAGAUCAUCACGUUGUCGGUGCAGCAAUCGCGGAAUCUCUUGCGUGCUAAUUUAACACUGGGCAGCUUUAAGUUAGACAUCGCAACAGUUUGGGCACAGCCAGAUCAUCAAUUUUAUCACAAGUGGGCUCUUCUAACCGACCCAGACGACGUCGCCGGAGGUCCCAAAGGAUAUUUGAAGUGUGACAUAAGCGUUAUUGGAAAGGGAGACACCGUUAAAAUUCCUCCAAAAAGUGAGAAAGACGAGGACGACAUCGAGGGAAAUCUUUUGCUACCCGAUGGUGUACCGAUAGAAAGACAGAGAGCUAAAUUCAUUGUAAAGAUCUAUAGGGCCGACGGUUUGCCAAAAAUGAAUAGCAGUAUUAUGGCGAAUGUGAAGAAAGCUUUCACCGGUGAAGUUAAAGAUUUAGUUGAUCCGUACGUGCAGGUCUCGUUCGCCGGUUUGAGCGGUAAAACGAGCGUAAAAAGGCACAGCUAUGCUCCGAUCUGGAACGAGCAGAUUGUCUUCACUGAAAUGUUCCCACCCCUAUGUCAGAGAAUAAAAAUACAGCUUUGCGAUAACGACCCAGUCCACGCCACCGUUAUAGGUACACACUUUGUCGAUCUGAAACAGAUCAGUAACGAUGGUGAAAAAGGUUUUCUACCGACCUUCGGUCCAGCAUUUAUUCACCUUUACGGUAGCAUUAGAGAUUAUAGUUUGAUAGACGAACACUCUACAUUGAAUACUGGACUCGGUGAAGGAAUUUCUUAUAGAGCAAGAUUACUCAUAGCGAUUAGAACGGAGAUCAGUGAUAACGUUGAAAUGGCACCCUCGGAGGUCGAGGUUGAACCGACCGUACCAAUCAACGAGGCGGCUUAUGCCAGAAACGAGGAAUUUUUUUUAUUUGCCACAAUAAUGGACGCCACGAUGAUAGACAAGAAGCUUUGCGAUAAGCCAAUGUAUUUCGAAAUAUCUAUUGGAAACGCGGGUAAUGCUUUGGACGGACAUAAUGAAAGUUCGAAGAUAUGCGAGAUGAAAAGCGGAGCGAGCGGAGAGGAGGAAGAAUUGCAAGAAGUUAUUAGCGGUUCUUGGCAAAGUACAACACCACCCACAAAACCAAUGACGCACGAUAAAAUCUAUUAUUUUCUACCGUAUUGGGACGAUAAACCGAGUUUACAUGUUCGAAGUAUUUGGCCGGAUUAUCGACGUAGAAUGUAUAAUAGUAACAUAAUCGGCAAGAUUGCAGACAAAUUGGAAGAAGGAUUAACAGAGGUGCAACAACGAAUGGACGAUCCGUCCAGUGAAAAAUUAUUGAAGACUAUUCUCGAGGAAUUGUCAAGCAGUUGCAAUCGUUACGUUGGCAUCAGCAAAUCGAGUGCAACAGGACCAGGCGUUGGGAAAACUAAAUUGGACAAGGAAAGGACGAAACUUUGUCAAAGAGAGAUGGAGAGUAUCGGUACCAUGGCGAGGAACUUGAAGGCUAUAAUAACGAAGAACAGUUUCAAGGAACGUCUGAAAACGGCACAGAACUAUCUUCAAAAAUUGAAGUUCUUAAUUGAGGAUCCUCAGGAUUCGUUACCGGAUGUCUUCAUUUGGGUCAUCAGUUCCGGUAGACGUGUUGCCUAUCAAAGGAUUUCAUGCAGAGAAUUGAUCUAUUCGAUCGUUGACGAAGAAUGCGGUAGGAAUUGUGGAAAGAUUCAAACGAUGUUUUUAAAGCUUCCGGGAAAGAAGAGAUUCGGACCAUCCGGUUGGGCUAUACAAACGAAGCUACAAAUCUACAUGUGGUUGGGUAUACUCAAGCAUAAGAAGUACUUCAUUCAGGGCUUGCCAAAGGGUUACGAGAUGAGUCACGAACUUAGAAAUAUUGAUAGGUUGCGUGCUUUACCACCGACGGUCAUUCAUUACAUUGAGAAACACAAAUUUCAACUAAGAGCGCACAUGUAUCAAGCAAGAUCGUUGAUUGGUAGCGACGCAUCCGGCUUGUCUGAUCCGUUCGCACGUGUUAUUUGCGGUGAGUUUUGUAAAUCGACUCAAGUAAUCGACGAAACUCUAAGUCCAACGUGGGACGAAUUGCUUCUCUUCGACGACAUCCUAAUUUAUGGUACCGACGAAGAAAUCAAAAAGGAUCCACCCUCGAUCGUCAUCGAAAUAUUCGACCAGGACAAAGUGGGUAAAUCAGAGUACAUUGGACGAGCGAUAGCAAGACCACACGUUAAACUUUCGUCAGAAAAUUAUUUACCACCGAAUUUUCCACCAUCCUUGGAAUGGUACGAUGUUACCAGAGGUGCUGCUAGAGCUGGAGAACUUUUAGCCGUAUUCGAAUUACUUGAACAUCCUACAGCGACAGAUCUUGGAUUUCCGACAUUACCAGACCCAAAGGACAAAUUUCAACAAAUAAUUGCUUCAGGACCUGAUCAAGGUCCCAUUCUUCCAGUUCCAAUUGGCAUACGACCUACUUUAGCAAAAUACAGGAUAGAGGUACUCUUCUGGGGAUUGCGCGAUCUAAAGAGAAUUCAUUUAUUAACGGUAGACAAACCACGGGUGGACGUUGAAUGUGCCGGUCAUAUUUUGUACUCCUCGGUUAUAGCAAACGCAAAGAAAAAUCCGAACUUUAACACACCGAUCAAGUUUCUAGAGUUGGAAUUGCCGGAGCAAGAACUCUAUCGACCGCCAUUAACGAUAAGAGCAGUCGAUUGUAGAAGUUUCGGAAGGUACACGUUGGUAGGCACCCAUACGAUUAAUUCGAUUCACAAAUAUACUUAUUCGCCGCAAACAAAAAGAGCUAGAGACAUCGAAGAGAGAAAAAAGAGUCUUUAUCAGUUGCAAUGUAUAGGUCUCGAACAAGGGAAACCAAAAUAUCAACAAACGAGUAUGCCAGAAUCAUUUACUCAAUCCGAUAUUGGUUCAAACAACAGUGACACGAUCAUCACAUUGGGAAUUGAACAAAGCGCCUGGCCAACGAAGAGAGAUAAAACCGAACAAAAUUUACGAAAAAAACAGAGUCCAAUGAACGACGUAGGAAUAAAUAAUAAUGCGAUUUUAGGCGAUAUUGGAAUAUUGGAUGACGGAGAGGGCUGUCAGGAUUGGUGGACGAAGUAUUUCGCGUCGGUCGAGGCAAUGAUCGAGGAAAAUAAAGAAUUGAGGAGAGAGAAAUCUAUAUUUCAAGCCCAACAGAAUGGGACUUUGCCAGCUUUUUUGGAGGAUGCGUUUGAUCAAGGUCAAGCUACAACGACCAGUGAAAAAAAUACAGGUGCCAUUUAUCCAACAAAGAAAUUGUUUGGUUUAAAGUCACCGACGAAUGCUUCGAAAUUUGUUUCGAAGUUGAGUCCAAAACAUGUGCCAAGAAAGACAUCUCAAAAGACAGCUCUACUUAAGAUCUAUCCAAACGAAUUAGAAGCUCAAUCGGAAUUCGAACAGUUCAAGGAAUGGUUGCACACAUUCGAACUCUAUCGAGGAAAGAAAACGGGCGAUGAAACCGAGGAUGAACAUAGAAUCGUUGGUUAUUUCAAAGGAGCUUUGAAGGUCUACAAAUGGCCACUUCCAAAGGAUCUGAUAGAUCACACCGUAAUGGGAUUUGAUCCUCAAUACGGUUUCUUUCAAGGUGUACCCUCGAACGAACCAAUUCAUGUUCUUGUUAGGGUCUACAUCGUUAAGGCUAACGAUCUUCAUCCGUGUGAUCUUAAUGGUAAAGCUGAUCCUUACGUUGUUCUCCAAUUGGGUGCUAAAAGGAUAAGCGACAAGGAGAAUUAUGUAUCGAAACAACUUAAUCCUGUCUUUGGGAAGUGUUUCGAGAUAGAAGCUACGUUCCCUCAGGAUUCUCUGUUAACAGUACAAGUUUUGGAUUGGGAUUUAGUUGGUACCGAUGAUAUGAUCGGCGAAACUAAAAUCGAUUUGGAAAAUCGAUUUUAUAGUAGGCAUCGUGCAACUUGCGGUUUUUCCAGACGUUACGACGAAUCAGGUUACAACAAGUGGAGGGACGCAAUGAAACCUACACAAAUAUUGUCGAAAUUGUGCAAAGAGGGUAAAGUGGAUGGUCCGGUUUAUUCUCAUGGGCGUGUUACCAUCGGACGAAAAACAUUUUCAUUGUCGAACGAGGAAAUGGAAUUUUACGUUCAUUCAAAAGGUAUAGAAGAACAUCUUGCCCUUGCUGUACUGCAUCAAUGGAAUGCUUUUCCCCGUAUCGGUUCUACGUUGGUACCCGAACACAUCGAAACUCGGCCACUUUACAAUCCUGAAAAACCUGGUAUAGAACAAGGAAAAUUAGAAAUGUGGGUGGACAUGUUCCCAAUGGAUAUGCCUUCGCCAGGUUCACCAAUUGAUAUAUCACCUAGAAAACCAAAGAGUUACGAAUUACGUGUUAUCAUUUGGAACACGGACGACGUCGUGCUCGAAGAUGAUGCUUUCUUCACCGGUGAAAAGAUGAGCGACAUUUACGUAAAGGGGUGGCUAAAAGGUCCAGAGGAUUGUCAAUCCACUGACAUUCAUUAUCGAUCAUUAACCGGUGAGGGUAAUUUCAAUUGGAGAUUCAUAUUUCCGUUCGAGUAUCUUGUAGCCGAAGAGAAGAUCGUUAUCAAUCGAAAAGAGAGUCUUUUUAGUUGGGACGAGACCGAAUGUAAGAUACCAGCACGAUUGGAGUUACAAGUAUGGGAUGCCGAUCACUUUUCGGCCGACGAUUUCUUAGGUGCGAUUACUCUCGAUCUUAAUAGAUUUCCACGUGGUGCAAAAAAUAGCAAACUUUGUACGCUUGGUAUGUUGAAGACCGAUGGUUCCGUUCCCAUGGUUAAUAUUUUUAAACAAAAACGAGUUAAAGGUUGGUGGCCGUUCUAUGUUAAAAAGGAAAACGAAGAUAUGGAACUUACGGGUAAGGUAGAAGCUGAAAUACAUUUGUUAACAAAAGAAGAAGCAGAAAAGAAUCCCGCUGGUUUCGGUCGAAACGAACCUGAUCCUUUGGAUAAACCCAACCGACCGGACGCCUCGUUUAUGUGGUUCCUGAAUCCUUUAAAAUCUAUCAAAUAUAUUGUUUGGCACAACUAUAAAUGGGCUAUUUUGAAAGCUAUAAUAAUGAUAGGUAUAAUAAUACUUAUACUACUAUUUUUCUACGCUAUUCCUGGAUAUUCUGUAAAGAAGAUUUUAGGAGCUUAAGAAAUGAUUACGAUCGAUAGAAUGUACAAAUAAUGUAGUCACGGUGACGUUGCUGUUACUUGGAAAAAAAAGGGAAAAAAAGAGAGAAAAAAAAUUUAGAAUAAAUUUACAAUAUUUUUUCAUUUGUUAUAGUAUAGAUCAUAGGAGUAUCUUGAUAAUCAGCGUUGCAAAGUACCUUAUUUACAGAUCAUCAAAGAUAUAAGCGUGAAUAUGUACAAAUAUUGAUUAUGUACAAGACUAGUAUAGAAAUAUUUUUCUGUAAAAUUAUAUUCGCACUUGUACCAUUAGACAUAGGCAAAAGAAAUUUUGUUAGGCCUACAUUCUGUUUACGUAGUAACAGUAGUUUACGAAGUAGUGCAUAAUGAUUAUAAUCAUCUAUCGCAUCAAUCUAUCGCAUUAUGUGUAGAAAGACGCACUUGAAUAUUUUUAUUGAAAAUCACAAAAAAUUGAAAUAUCUUUCAGCAUGGGUACUAAUUAUAUUAUUCGUGUUAGAGUUUCAUGUUAGAGUGGACCAAAGAUUAAUAACGAAAUGCGUUCACGAUUUAAAAUAAAUAUCAAAUGUAAAUACU